UUCACUACGUUGAUAAUGGUUGAGUCUGAUUUUUCGCGGGAAAAUUUCUCACCUGAUCUGGGUCAGCAAAGGUUACGCGUCACUGCAAAGCGCGCCAAGCCAGGAGGUGUCGGGAGCUGUGAUAUAACAGGCACCAUGGUAAAAAGAGGCGAACGAUUGAAGAUGGUCCCUUCCAAUGGGUCCCAUGGUAAUGAAAACGGAGACAUGACGGGUAGUUCUGAUGGCACCGUGACCGAGGAUGGUAAAAACAUGUCCACAGCGGAGGAUAGACAGAUAGACAAGGAAAGAGAGAAGGGAAGAGGCAGGAAAGGGAGAAAUGUUCCACAGACAGUGGAGUGCCCAGUCUGUAGUUGUGCUAUACCACAGAGGAGCAUCGACAGCCACAUAGACAUCUGUCUUCUGAGAGGAGAGAAAAAGGAAUCACUGAGAAGUUCUGGAGUGAAGCCAGCCACAUUGCAUGAAGAGGCUCCGCCCAAAAAGCCAAGCCGGAAGUCCCCAGCAGAGCAAGACGAAAAAUCCAUCAUAUCCCAAACAGAAUUAUCUUCCUGUAAAAACUGUGCACCUCAGUUUGAGAGUGCUGAUAAUAGUUCUUCUGACCUAGAAACUGAGAACUCAAGACCGGAAGAAGACUACAAAAGUACAGUAGACAUUUCUGGAAAGGUUUUGGACAAGGAGAGUCGUGUGCUAAAGCCCUUGACCAACGGUUUGGUCUCUCCGCUGAAACUAUCUGAAACAAUACCAGUUUGUAUCACAACAGAAAAACCUGCAUCAAAUGAACAGAAGCCGACAUUAGCUUCAAGUGAAAUAAAAAAAUCAUUUCUUGAAGAAGUACAACCUCCCGAUCCAUAUCUCCCAGCACUCGCAUCAUUCCAGAAAGCUGAGCCUACGAAAGUCUUAGACAUUACAAGCAGUGAGAGUGGUAUUGAGGAAAACGUUUCUAUUGACAAUUCCUUUUCGUCUGCUGUAUCUGAGCUUACAUCAUCGUUCCAUAGUGCUGAAAACUCGCCAAAGGAUCCUGAACACCCAGACAGUACCUCUGCUCACAAAACCCCCAAAGUUCUUGGUUCUAGUCCAUUGUUAUCAGAACUAGAAACAAAGAAGGACAUCACAAGUGCAGAAAUGAGGGAAUAUCAGAGAGCAAGCCCAGAGCCAGGGACAACUGGUAGUGAACCAUCCAGCCCUAAGCCAGUUGAGGAGGUAGCCAAAGAGCCUGUGGCCGGAUCUUUCCAUUCUGACAAGGGCACGGAGAACAAAGAUGGUGGACCCAAUCUCAUCACAGCAGCCAUGUUGGAAGAGGAGGAGAAACUACACCAGGAACUGGAGGAGGAGGAGAAGGCCCGGAUGGAGAAGGCUAGAGAGCAGUGGGACCAGAGUCUGAAGGAACAGAGGUUCUCCCGACUCACUCAUCUGCUGAAGAAGAGCAACACCUACACAGAGUUCCUCCUCAAGAGGAUGGAGAGGCAGGCGGAGGAGGCCAAGCGGAAGGCAGAGGCUCGCAGGAAACGGUUGCAGAAGCAAGAGGAGAAGAAACGAUUGAAGGAGACCACUGGGAGCCAGGAAGUGAGCGUCCGACGCAGUGACAGACGCCACCAGUCAGACAGUCAUCCCAGUCCUGUCAAAUCCGCAGCCAAGUCUACACGUGGAAGCAAGGCGGCAGCCAAGGUGAAGACAGAACCAGAGGAAGCUGGCCCUUCUGAGGAUGAGAAACAUGCCAAGAAGAGGAAACGAGAGGAUGACUCGGAGUACUGCCUGGCAGAUUACAUCAGUAAGGAGGAGCUUGAGAAGAAGAAGCAGAAGCUGGAAGGAGAAGAACAAGUCGUUCCAGAUGCACCAGAAGAUCAGAGCGUUCCCCGCUCCAUAGUUCAGAUUAUGGAGAAGGAGAAGCCAACAGACACAUUCCGCAGAGUCAUCGACGGCAAGCCAGUGUCGGACAGGCAGCCGGAGCUGUUCAGUGGAGGGGUGCUGAGGGAGUACCAGCUACAGGGCAUGGACUGGAUGAAGGUGCUGUAUGAGAACGGAGUGAACGGUAUCCUUGCAGACGAGAUGGGUCUGGGUAAGACGGUGCAGUGUAUCGCCCUGUUUGCAGAGCUGAUCGGCGAGGGUAUGAUCGGACCGUUCAUGAUCGUAGCGCCUCUCUCAACCCUGUCCAACUGGUACUCAGAGUUCCGCAGAUUCACCCCUAAGGUCCCAGUUCUCAUCUACCAUGGCACCAUGGCACAGCGCACUAAGCUUCGGCGAAAGAUGUUCAGGGUGCAUGGGGAGUUGGGCGUCCAUCCCAUCGUGAUCACGUCCUACGAGAUCACAAUGCGAGACAGCCGUUUCCUGGCGGUUCACCACUGGAAGUACAUCAUCGUGGACGAAGGACAUCGGAUCAAGAACCUCAACUGUAGGCUCAUCAGGGAGAUUAAGAGAAUCCCCACAGCCAACAAGAUCCUGCUUACAGGCACCCCGCUGCAGAACAACCUGGCAGAACUCUGGUCUCUCCUGCACUACCUGCUGCCAGAGGUGUUCGAUGACUUAGGAAGUUUUGAGGAGUGGUUUGACUUUACAUCGAUCAGUGAGGAGGGAGGGGAGGAGAAGAUUGUGGAACAGGAGCAGGAGAAGAACGUACUGGGCAUGCUCCAUCAGGUGCUGACGCCGUUUGUGCUGAGACGUCUGAAGACGGAUGUAGACCUGAACAUCCCACCCAAGAAGGAGCUCCUGGUGUACGCCCCCCUCACCGCUCACCAGCAGACAUUCUACAGGGGCACCAUGGACAGGUCCAUCCUCGCCAUGCUCAAGGAUAAGGAUAAGGACGAGAAACCAUUGGAGCUGUCCGAGAAGGGGAGGCCCAAGAGACGGGCAGCUAAGAAGGUUGACUACCAGCUGAUGAUGGAGGAUGAGGGAGAUGAUGGGCAGUCGGAGGAAGGCAUGCUGGAGUGGGUGGAGAAAGUGGCUGAGGCCUACAAAAGAGAGGUGGUGGAGUCGUCUGCUCCAAAGUCGUCUCUGUUGAACCUGAAUCUGAAGAACAUCAUGAUGCAGCUCAGGAAGAUCUGUAACCACCCCUACCUCGUGGAGUACCCACUGGAUCCUGCUACCCAGGACUACCUGGUGGAUGAGAGACUAGUGGAGAGCAGUGGGAAGCUGCUGCUACUGGACAAGAUGCUGCCCAUGCUGCACAAGCAGGGCCACAAGGUCCUUGUGUUCUCCCAGAUGACCAAGAUGAUGGAUGUACUGGAGGACUACUGUCUGUACCGUGGUCACAAGUACUGCCGCCUGGACGGCACAAUGGCUUAUCCCGACAGGCAGGAACAGAUUGACACGUUCAACAAGGAUCCUGACUACUUUGUGUUCCUGUUGAGCACCCGGGCUGGUGGACUGGGAAUCAACCUCACGGCUGCAGACACUGUCAUCAUCUAUGACUCUGACUGGAAUCCCCAGUGUGACCUGCAGGCUCAGGACCGGUGCCACAGGAUCGGCCAGACACGCCCGGUUGUCGUGUACCGCCUGAUCACCGCUAACACCAUCGACCAGAAGAUUGUGGAGCGGGCUGCUGGCAAGAGGAAGCUGGAGAAAAUGGUCAUGCACAAAGGGAAGUUCAAAGGUGGAGAGUCUGGUACGAAGAAGUCUCAGUCUCUGAUCGACCCCCAUGAGCUGAUGGAGCUGCUGAUGUCUAAGGACCACGAUGUGGUGAGGGACUGUAACGACGUCAUCUCAGAUAAGGCCCUGCGGACGCUACUGGACAGGUCCGACCUGCUGGCAAGAUUCUCAGAGAACUUGGAUGAAGUAGAGAAGCAGAAGAAGGGGAAGAGGAAAGAGAGCCACAAGGUCGCCAAGGAGGUGCCAGGGUUAUUCAAGGUCAUUGAGGAGGAGUCAGACGAAACAGAACUCAAGAUCCUCUGAGUCAGUAGAUAGGUCACAAGGGGUCAUCGUGGGAUGGAAUCCUGUUAGAGCUACCCAGGGCCUUUCAAAUCCUUGGUAAUACAAGCAGUGCCUUUUACGUCUCCUGUAGCGCCAGUAUUGUGAGUGAACAUAAAUAACAUUAUAAGUAGCAAGCUAUUCCAGGUAGAUGUACUAUUUGGCCCUCUUCUCCAAUGAGGACUUUAAUACAUUUAAGAAAUGUGACAAGUGUUUCUUUGCGGUGUGUUUCUAGUGUUUAAGGUUUCAAAAUAAAGGGAAACUAGUGCAAGUCUUUUUCUUGUACAACUUCCAAGUUUACCCUGUACAUUCCCAGACCACUGGCACUAGUACUUACUGUCUAGAAACAUGGGCAGAUUUUUCCCUGUGCAAUUUACAUUGUGUCAGUGAUAAAACUGAACAUUCUUCAGUUUCCUUUUGUGUCACUUUGACAGCAAAAUGUACAUAACUUGAAUGGCAUUUUCAGAAACUAUCCUGAAAGGUAAAACCAAGGAGCUUUUAUUAAGCUCCUUGGUAAUACUUGCCUAAGGUAUAUGCAAAUAACUUCUGUGUUUACUAUGGUGCUUAUGUCAAAAAAAUGUUUAUUUCAAAGAAAUGUGAUAUUGUUUAUGUUCAUAACGUUAUGUUUGUUUAGUAGUUAGCCUAUCCUUUUUAUAGCAAAAUAUAUGUAUAAAAAAAUAUUUAGUCUUACUCUUAGUCUUAGUUUAACACUUUGUUCAUCAUAGAUGUCUGUUUUGGGUUCAUUUGGUAGGAAGUUAUUGAUUGUGGAACAUUGGUACAUAAGAUGUGCAAAGAUAUCCUUCUAGCAUCUAACCAAACAGAAUUGAGUCAAAUGUUUACAAAGUCGUUUAUUUGUGUUCAUUUAUUUCUGUUGUCUAUGUUCAUGAUUGUACUGUCUAGUGUCACUUCUCUGAGCUGGCAAAAAUAUAUGCAAAUGUGAUAUAUUUUAAAACUUUUCAUGACCAGUCUGUACUGAUCAGAUAAGGGGGAAAUGUACAUUCUUUUACAUUGGUCUGAAUCAUUCUAAGGGAAAAAGGGAAAUUCCCGGCAGAUUUUGUACCAUGUGCUCUAUAUGGCUACACUACUACUAACUUUUACAGGUUGAUAGCAAGGAUUUUUAAUGGAUUCUACAUGACAUAUUCUUGUGAUUGAAGACCAGUUAUCUACUGCACAGGGAGUUAUGACCACAGACUUUGAUGAUGUCAUAAUGUUCAUGUAAAGCACACAGACACAGGAGAGACUGUUGCUGUAACUUUCUAUGAUGAAUAUUAUGCAGUAAAGGCAAAAAUACAACAUUACAUGUAGGUGCUGAAAACCCAGCUUUACAUUAGCAAAAAAUUAGAUUAAAUUAGUGUAAAAUUAAGUGCAAAAACCCAGACUUAUUUCCUUAGCACACAUCUAUGUAUUGUUAUUCUUGUUCUUUGUUCUAUGUUAACCUUUGUUGUGGAAGGGACGCACAAGACUAACAUAUUUUAAAAGACAGACAUUGUAAGCUAAUAAAAACUUGUUUUAAGUU